AUGUCUGAACCUCCUUCCAAACGAUCCAAAACCAUCGUUGAUUCAUCUUCUUCCACUCCCGUCGAUAACCCUUACCUUGCUCAUCGUAAUACGAUGGCCUCAUCAUCUUCCAACGGUUAUGCUUCUGGAGCAAAUGGAGUUGCCGGAGCUGGAGCAGGUGGAAAGGCCACCAAUCCAUUGAAUGGAUUAGUGCCUAGGAAAGUCUCAGUCGCACAAGUCAAGACUAUUCUAGAUGGAGAUGUGAACCCUUUCAAAGGUCUACAACCUUUCUCAGCAUCAUAUCGAAAGAUCUUAGAACAGAGAAAAGGUUUACCUGUAUAUCAAAAAAUGCAAGAAUUCUUAACUGUUUUUUCAGAAAAUCAAAUCACUGUAAUGGAAGGACAAACUGGAUCAGGUAAAACCACUCAGAUCCCUCAAUUCGUUUGUUAUUCAGAUUUACCAAUGUUAAGAGGUAAAAUGGUAGCUUGUACUCAACCUAGAAGAGUUGCAGCUAUGAGCGUAGCAAAACGUGUCGCCGAUGAGAUGGAUGUACAACUCGGUAAACAAGUUGGUUAUUCGAUUCGAUUCGAAGAUAUGACUGAACCAGGAACCACUUUCCUCAAAUAUAUGACAGAUGGUAUGUUGUUAAGAGAAGCUAUGAACGAUCCUCUAUUAGAACGAUAUUCUACUGUCAUAUUGGAUGAAGCGCACGAGAGAACUUUGGCUACAGAUAUAUUGAUGGGUUUACUGAAAGAUAUUGCCAAACGACGUCCUGAUCUCAAGAUUAUUGUCAUGUCCGCUACACUUGAUGUUGAAAAAUUCCAAAAAUACUUUGGAGAUAACCAACCUACAGGUAUCGCUCCCGUUGUAAAAGUGUCUGGACGAACUUUCCCAGUAGAAACAUUUUUCACUCAAGAGCCAGAAAACGAUUAUGUUGAAGCUGCCAUCCGGACGGUACUGUUCAUCCAUCAAGCUGAAGAUGAAGGAGAUGUCUUAUUGUUCUUGACUGGUGAAGAAGAGAUUGAAGAUGCAUGUAGAAAGAUUAGAGCUGAAGGUGAAGAGUUAUCGAAUAAAGGAAUGGCAGGACCUUUAUUGGUAGUACCUUUAUAUUCGUCGUUACCACCACAUCAGCAACAGCGAAUUUUCGAUCCGCCACCACCAGCAAGAAAAGAUGGAUUACCUGGUAGAAAAAUCGUCAUAUCCACCAAUAUAGCAGAAACUUCAUUAACAAUCGACGGUAUAGUCUAUGUAGUAGAUCCUGGAUUCUGUAAACAAAAAGUUUAUAAUCCUAGAAUUAGAGUUGAAAGUUUAUUGGUUUCACCUAUAUCAAAAGCUUCUGCAAUGCAAAGAGCAGGUAGAGCAGGUCGUACAAGACCUGGAAAAUGUUUCAGAUUAUAUACGGAAAAAGACUUCGUCAAAGAGCUGGAAGAACAAACUCAUCCUGAAAUCUUGAGAAGUAAUUUAGCAAACACAGUUCUGGAAUUAAUCAAAUUAGGCAUAAAGGAUCUGGUUCAUUUCGAUUAUAUGGACGCUCCUGCUCCCGAGACUAUCAUGAGAGCGUUGGAGUUGCUCCAUUACCUUGCUGCGCUAGAUGAUGAGGGGAAUCUCACACCAUUAGGUCAAAUCAUGGCCGAAUUUCCUCUAGAUCCUCAGCUCGCCAAAAUGCUCAUCGUCAGCCCCGAGUUCGGUUGCAGUAAUGAGAUGCUUUCUCUCACCGCUAUGUUGUCAGUACCAAACGUAUUCAUGCGACCAGCUUCGCAAAGAAAAGAAGCGGAUUUAGCCAAAGCACAAUUCACUCAUCCAGAUGGAGAUCAUCUCACUUUAUUAAACGUUUAUCACGCUUACAAAUCAAAUGAAGGAGAUGCCAAAACAUGGUGUUGGCAAAAUUACUUGAAUCAAAGAUCUUUAACUCAAGCUGAUAAUGUCAGAACUCAAUUGAAGAGAGCAAUGGAAAAAUUCGAUUUGGAAUUAUGUUCUACAGCAUGGGAAGAUAGAAAUUAUUGGAAUAACAUUAGACAAGCUUUGACCUGUGGUUUCUUCAUGCAAGUAGCACAUAAAGAAGGUGAAAAAGGAAGUUAUAUGACCGUUAAAGAUAACCAAGUUGUCAGAUUGCAUCUUUCUUGUGGAUUGGAUACCACUCCAGAAUGGGUACUUUACAAUGAGUUCGUAUUGACCACAGCGAACUUCAUAAGGACAGUAACGGAAGUGAGACCUGAAUGGUUAUUGGAAUACGCACCACAAUACUUCGAUCCAACUUCUUUCCCUGAGAAUUCAGAAACUAGAAGAGCUUUACAAAGGGUUCUAGCCAAAAAAACCGGUAAAUCUGAGAAUGGAGCUUCUGGUUCAGGAUCAGGAAUAGAUCUGAAAAAGAAGAAGAAGAGGAAGGCUGAGUAG